AUGAACACUUCCACCAAUGAUGUCCAAGUCUCCCCUGACGAAAUCAGGGCCAAGUUUUCAAUGGCAUUGUCUGAAAUGUACCGCGCAGAGGUUCCUCAAUACGGAUCUCUGGUGAACAUUGUGUCGGAAAUCAAUCGUCAACAAGAUCAGAGCGCUUCGAACAACACACAACACCGUCUAGAGGUUGAGAGACACGGUGCAAUUCGUCUCGGCACCGCCUCCGAGCUUCAAAUGAUCCGACGCCUAUUUUCAAUCAUGGGUAUGCAUGCGGUCGGCUAUUACGAUCUCUCAGUUGCUGGUUUGCCUGUCCAUGCAACUUGUUUCCGGCCUCUUACCAGUGACGCACUAGCCCACAACCCCUUUCGCGUCUUCACCUCUCUGCUGAGGCUGGAUCUCAUCAACGAUCAUGAGUUGCGCUUGUGCGCGGAAAGGGUCCUGAGUGAUCGGAAAAUCUUCACGCCUCGAUGCAUCCAGCUUAUUGAAGAGUUGGAGACCCUCACGUCAGUGUCUAUGGCAAAAGCAGACGAGCUCAUUAUUGAGGCUCUAGAGACUUUUCGGUGGCACAAGACUUCGACGGUCGGUCUACAGACGUACAGACGUCUUCAAGAAGCUCAUCCCUUGAUCGCAGAUGUGGUGUGCUUCAGAGGACCUCAUAUCAACCAUCUUACGCCUCGUGUUUUGGACAUCAAGGCCGCUCAACUAGAAAUGCCUAAGCACGGCCUGCAGGCGAAAGACACAAUAGAGGGGCCACCAUCCAGGCAGUUCCCCAUUCUCCUCAGGCAAACCAGUUUCCUCGCUCUCGAGGAGGACAUUGCCUUUUCCGAUGGUUCCGAGAAAGGUGGUAGACACAAAGCGCGAUUUGGGGAGAUUGAGCAGCGAGGCAUUGCUCUGACUCCCAAAGGCCGGCGCUUAUACGAUGAUCUGUACAGCAAAUUUAUUCGCGAGCAAGAUCAAGGACCUUCGAAAGAGGCUGUUCUGAUCCAGACUUUCCGGGACUUUCCUGACGAUCUACAUAUCCUGCGUCAACAACAGCUUGCAUACUUCACCUACCGUGUGAUUGGAAAACCAGAUCCUAGGAUAUGCGAUUUGGAUGAUAUUGACGCUUUGGUGGCGUCCGGUAUCUUGAUAUUUGAGCCCAUCACGUAUGAGGACUUUCUCCCUGUGAGUGCGGCAGGAAUCUUCAAUUCAAAUCUCGGCGCAGACGCCCUCAAAGCCAGCGCAGUCUCUUUUGAAGACCAAGAUGCUUUCGAGAAAGGUCUCGGCUGCGAAGUGCUUGACAGCUUCGACUUGUAUCAGAGAAUAGAGGAGACAUCUAUGCAGGACUGCCUCGAAAUAUUGAACAUGUGUAAAUAG